AUGCGCUCAUUACUUGUUCUAUUUGUCUGUUUGGUUGCAGUUGAAUGCGUCAAUGGAUAUCGAGGUCCAUUUCGUAAAAUGUUUCCAACACGAAAAUCCAGUGUUGUUACAGUUGAUGAUGAUCCCGGUGAGCCAUUAUUUCUUACGCCUUAUCUUGAACAAGGUCAAAUUGAAAAAGCAAGACAAUUAAGUUCGGUUGAAUUACCACCCUAUAAACAACAAUCGUUUUCUGGUUAUUUAACUGUCAAUAAACAAUACAAUUCCAAUAUGUUCUUUUGGUUUUUUCCUGCUCAAAACGGUAAUAAACCUAAUACACCUGUCAUGCUUUGGCUUCAAGGUGGUCCUGGUGCUUCGUCACUUUUUGCUCUAUUCACGGAAAUCGGCCCGAUUUAUAUUGAUGCUAAUGAAAAUAUUCAACUACGUCCAUAUACAUGGAAUGCGAACUAUCAUUUACUUUUCAUUGAUAAUCCAGUUGGUACUGGUUAUAGUUUUACAUCCAACGACCAAGGUUAUGCUCGAACACAAGAUGAUGUUGCUCGUGAUCUCUAUUCAGCAUUGACACAAUUCUUUCAAAUCUAUACUGAUUAUGCAUCGAAUCCCUUUUAUGUUACUGGUGAAAGUUAUGGUGGUAAAUAUGUUCCUUCAAUUACAUAUAAAAUUCAUGUUGAAAAUCAAGAUCCAAAAGUUAAAGUUAGAAUUAAUUUGAAAGGUAUGACUAUUGGUGAUGGUUUAACUGAUCCUCUUAAUCAGUAUAUGUACGGUGAUUUUCUCUAUCAGAUCGGUCUUAUUGAUUUGAAUCAAAAAGCCUAUGUUGAUUUACAAACAGCAUUGAUGCGUUAUGCUAUUGAACAAGAACGUUAUAUUGAUGCUUUCCAUUAUUUUGAUGCUCUUCUCAACGGUGAUCUCAUUAAUACGACAUCCUAUUUCUAUAAUGUAACAGGAAUAAAAAAUUAUUUCAAUUAUUUAUUAACCGAUGAACCUGAAGAUGAAGGUUUUUUUGUUCCAUUUGUUACUCGCGCUGAUCGACGAAAACAAAUCCAUGUCGGUAAUUUAUCCUAUGGUAGUCAAAGUGAUACUGUUGAAAAAAUGUUACUUAACGAUGUGAUGCAAAGCAUGGCAUGGAAAGUUGCUGCUAUAGCCAAUGCUAAUUAUAGUGUCAUGAUUUACAAUGGUCAAUUAGAUGUUAUUAUUGCUGUACCAUUGACAAUGGAGUGGAUUAGUCAAUUAUCGUGGAUUGGCACCGAUGAACUCCGACAAGCACCACGAACAGUUUGGAAAGUAGCUGAUUCCGAUCCUGAAAUAGCUGGUUAUGUUAAAACAGCAAAUAACAAUCGAUUUUUUCUUGCUACAGUUCGUAAUGCUGGUCAUAUGGUUCCUUAUGAUCAACCACGAGCUAUGCUCGAUUUACUUCAACGAUUUUUGGCUGCUCAAUCAUAA